GAACGAUCCACUCCACACAAUUAACUUCAACCAUUUUUCUUAUUCCACCGAGGGAUAAUUGGAGCAAACUGGAGAGUGAGAUCUUUGCCUGGACGAUACAAGAUAAGACUAUUACAACUGGAUUUCCUCUGUGUGCUCAAUUUGCCCGCCAGUGGUAAUAAAGGUGGAAGAUCUACACAAGUAGCUCCUCUCUCGGUAGCUCUGUCUCCUGCUCCUCUGCUCCUCUGCAGACGCGCUGGAGCUGCUGGAUGUCCGGACACUUGCUGCUGCUGCUGCUGCUGCGCUUCUUCUCUUAAUGAUCCGGAGAAGAAGUGAGGAGAAGGAGAGUCUCUGGGACGCACAUGGCUCGAUAACAUGAUGUUCCCGCCCUUUUCCCCUCCCCCCUCCACCUCUCUCUUCCCCGUUUUCCUUCUGCUCCUCCUUUUCCUUCCUCCUUCCCUCGUCACCUCCUCCCUUUCCCACACCCCGUUGAGCUGGACUUCGCCUCACGACCCCUGCUACUACCUAGAUGGCCGCCCGCGACACUGCAUGUCGGAGUUCAUCAACGCCGCCUACGGCGUCCCGGCCAACGCCAGCCACUCGUUACAAGGGUCCGAUUAUGACAGCAACAUCACCACCCUGACGGACCUCCACAACCCCCACAACCUCACAUGCUGGAUGGCUCACAGAGGUCCUGACGCCGGAGAAUGGCUCCUCACGCUACCUCUGGGCCGCCGCUUUGAGAUCACCUACAUAAGCUUGCAGUUUUGUCAACAUGGGGAGCCAUCGGACCCCAUCUCCAUCUCCAUCCUCAAGUCGAUGGACUAUGGGCGCACCUGGAGGCCGAUGCAGCACUACUCCAGCGACUGCCUCGGGAACUUUGGGCUGCCCUCCCAGACGGUGGCCCUGACAAGGCACCAAGAGACGGAGCCCCUCUGCUCAGACCCUCGCCCCCUGCAAAAGCAGAGGGGCGGCAUGGUGUUGGCCUUUUCCACCCUGGACGGACGGCCAUCCUCUCCCGAUUUUGACUACAGCCACACCCUCCAGGACUGGGUGACGGCCACGGACAUCCGCGUGGUCUUCCACCAGGUGUCCAAAGACGCCAAGGUGGGCAACCCGGAUAAGAAAGAGGAAGCACGAUGGCGUGAUGGUGCAGAAGAUGACAGAGGGACUGGGCUUCUGAGAUGGAGAUCGGGCUCCAAGGGGCGCACUGGAGAUCAGGUGGACAAGUUAAACACAGAUAAUACACUGGCAUUUUCUGAGAGGGAGACGAAAAACUCAGAGAUAAGGGGGAGGAGCAAACAUGGAAGGAAGGGUCAUUAUAAAGGGUCAGGUGGAGACGAAGAUGGACACAAUGUGACCAGUAAAGACGGGGGGGAUAGUUUUAGCACGGACGCGCUCGCUUCUUCGAAGAGAGGCGGGAAAGCCAGAGGACGCGGCCGCAAGAAGGAAAACAACCAUUGGCUGCCUUGCCCCAAUGGAGGUUGUAAUUGGACAGUUGAGGGGCGGAGCAGGAACAACAAGGGGCGGGAACUGAGGAAGAGGAGGAACAAUAAUCUCAACGCAAAACAAAGCUCCAGGAAUCUACAGGUUGCCCCAGCCGCUGCUGUCCGAGCUCCUCUGGCCCUCUCGGACCUGCAAGUUGGCGGCAGGUGUAAAUGUAACGGACACGCUUCCAGGUGUCGCCGUGACGACGCGGGCCAGGCGGUGUGCGUGUGCGAACAUCACACGGCUGGGCCGGACUGUGACGUGUGUGAGGAUUUCUACUGCGACAGGCCGUGGCAUCGAGCUACACCCACGCACCCAAACCCCUGUGUUGCCUGUGAGUGUAACGGCCACUCAAACAAGUGCCGCUUCAGCAUGGAGGUGUUUCAGCAGUCGGGCCGGCGUAGCGGAGGCGUGUGUCAGAAGUGUCGCCACCACACGGCCGGACGCCACUGCCAGUACUGCCAGAACGGAUACACCCGCGACAACAGCAAGCUGCUGAACAACCGCAAGGCCUGCCAACCAUGUCAGUGCCAUCCUUUGGGAGCCGUGGGUCACUGGUGUAACCAGACAUCAGGUCAGUGCCUGUGUCGAGAAGGGGUGACCGGCCUCAGGUGUAACCGCUGUGCCCCGGGAUUCAAACAGGGCAAGUCGCCUCUGCGGCCCUGCAUACGAAUUCAAGAGGUCGCUCCGACCCCGGUGUUCCAACCUCAGUACAGCAUCGCGGAGGAGUGUGUUUCAUACUGCCAGCCUUCUCAGGUCAAAGUCAGGAUGAACUUGGAGACCUAUUGUCUCAAGGACUUCGUGCUGAAGGUGCAGGUGAGAGGGAUGGAGCGUUCAGGUCCCUGGUGGCAGUUCUCCAUCUCCGUCCAAACUGUCUUCCGCACGGGGUCCACCUCCCGCGUUCGCAGAGGCUCCCAGUCCCUCUGGGUCCCCGACCGCGACCUCGGCUGCGGCUGCCCCGCCCUCCACGUGGGCCGGACCUUCCUCCUGAUCGGUGCUGAGGAAGGGGAGCGGGGCUGGGGCCCCGAGGAGAGUCGCCUGGUGGCGGACCGCUCCACUCUGGCCCUCCAGUGGCGGGAACACUGGAGCCCCAAACUGAGGGGCUUCCGGGGGCAGGACAAGAGGGGGCGCUGCCCGCCGAAAUCCCCCGACAACCACCAGCACCACCAUCACAGGGAGCAAACAAAGUCUGGGUACAUCCCCCCUCACCUGCUGACUGAGAAACCCACCGAGGACACACCUCACACCUCGGUGGUGCCGCACACAUACUCUUACACAGACGCAGAGGUUACAGACGCAGAGGUAACACCCACAGAGGCGACCCCCUCGCCGACUACACCCGCGCUGGUGUGCUCUACUCUAGGUCCUGGAUGAAAAACAAAUUCACAGAGAGACGUAAAAAACAACAGGAAGAUUUUAUUAUCCCCCACCUCUCCACACAUUCUGCAAAAAAGAGUACAAGGAGAGGAAACAGCUCUUUUCAGACUUUUACUUUACAGUUCUUUCCUGAAGGUUUCAGAAGGAAUAGCUGUGACUUUGCUUCCUCAGCAUGGAGAAACUCCACAACACACGAACACGAAGGCCCAAUUCCAAUCCGGCCGCUACACCCUUUCCAUACACACUUCCUCAAUCUUCAACGAGAGGGGAGUGGAAGUGGGUUAUAAAACCCUCCGACAGCGAGCCUGCAUCGAUGCUCACGUAACCAGCUGCCCUUAGUGACGACAUGCAACGCUGUUUUGUGUUUGUCUUGGAAGACGCUCUGUACAAAUGUUCAGCAGGACUACCGGUACACACAUUUACUCGUAAACUGCUCAAACUAAGAUCGACAUUUCAUAUUGUCAACAACUUCCAUUGUAUUUAGGAUCAAAUGUCUAGAAAGCUUGGGAGUUGUAUUUGUCUCCAUAGGCUUAUAGGUUGCUGCUUCCGAAAGAUGCUGAUAUGAAACCAUGGUUACGAAAAGUGAGGACAUUUCCUGUUUCCGCCGGAGAGAGGGAAGUUCGUCCUGAAACUUGCCGCUGCAUUUAUACCCUACGCCUUAAAGAAGGGUGCUUCAUUCAGCUACGAGUGUGACUACAAACCGAGUUCACUCGGGUCCGGAUUGGAAUUGGGCCACCAUACACACCUGUUAUGUGACGUUCAAAAAUGCUUAUCUAAAAAUGUGAAGAAACACACACAGUUUCCUCAUGUACAGCAGCUGUUGGUAUAUAUUUUCUUUGGAGGGUAAAGGUCAACUUUCUGCAUCAACACAACCGGUGCUAUGUGAAAUAUUAGUUGUAAGAAUUUUAAUAUUUUCUACUAAAGAGCCUUUAAAGUCCGACUAAACUCUGACUGAAAUGCCAUGCAGUAUUUUUGUCUUAUAAAGAUUUUUUUCUAAAAAAAGAUUGUUUAAAUCAUAUUUAUUCUUGGAUCACUUUAUGUAACACGCAUACAAACAAGAGAAAACUGAAUAAAGAAAUAAAGAAAUAAAUAACAUAA